CAGCCGCUGUUUCAGGUUGUGUGACAUUGUGGCAGAGCAGGACACCUCAGCACCAAAGUGACUUAGGUUAUAUGUCUGAACUUGGGGACUGAGGCGGCAGGUGAAACGGGGGGAGGGGUCGCAGGCUGAGAUGCGCCCGGUUUUACGCGGAGAGCAGCGCGGCGCCGUUCCCUGAGAGGUCUGUCCAGUCUCAUUGUCAGCUCCGUGGGUUUGCGUUGGCUCCAGUGUCUCACCCCGAAAGUGAAAUUUAGCCCGAUCGGCUGGAUCAGAGGACUGACGGUUCUCACAUCAAGACAGUUUCUUCACACCGACAGAUCCUGGAAGAAUGUGUUGAACUUAACGUGCCUUUACAAGUAGGCCUGCUCCGCCGGUGUCUGCUCCAUCUGCUCCUUCUUACGCCAAAGUGCCAAACUAAAAGUUUACAGGUGACUUUUCCUGCGCAUGAUGUACACAAUUACAAGAGGUCCCAGCAAACUGGUCACCCAGCGACGCACAGGGCCCACGCAGCAGCUGGACAACAAAAUAAACGACUUCAAGCACAAACAAACGUCCUGGAGUCUCCCUGACCUUCCUGCACCCAAGAUAGUGUUCAACCGCCUGAAUGGUAAAAAGUACCAUCACCCUGCUCCGGCUCUCCCCGCAGACAACCAUCGGGAAGAGACUUUCACCGCCGCACACAAGGAAAACGUCAAGUUCGUCUACGAAGCCUGGCAGGAGGUGGUGCAGCAGGAGCAGGGGCCCAGCCAGGGGCCAGAGGAAGCCCAGGCACCUGUCCACUAUAAAGAAACCACUCCCAGCCCACACAUGGACGACUUUGUGCCCAUUGACCUGGAUGAAUGGUGGGCCCAGCGUUUCCUAGCCAACAUAGACAAGCUGUCCUGACACUCCUGUGGGAUUUGUGGAUCUUGACAGACGGUCAGGAGGUGAGACCUGAAGCAGAAUGGCUCAC